AUGUUAGACGCUUACUCAUAUACUGCUCCAUCAAGAGUGAAGACCUUAUUUGUUCCUAUUGGUGAUCUAUCUCAAGAUGAGUUUUUGAACUACUACAAGGAAGUUGAGAAUGAUUAUGAAGUACGGUUGUUAGACGUUACUCCAAUAAGCUCGUCUGCUUUUAAUCCCCAGGGGUUUCCAUCGGGAAAAAUCAUUUACGAUUUUCAAUUAUGUUUAAAUGAUAACGAAUCAAUUUUCUUUCAAGAUUUUGAACCUUUUAGAAAAAUAUUUAUAACAACUGGCAUAAUAAAAUAUAACGAAAAUUUGACUCACGAUAUAUUAAAUGAGCAUUUGUUAAAUUUAAAGAAAAAAUAUAAUACCUCAAUUGUUCAAAAUUUAUUGAUAUUUGGUUCUCCUGAUAACCAAUUCCACAAUAAAUAUAUAUUUAAUAUCCCAUUCUCUAAAAUUGAGACAAUCAUGUGCGAUAUAUCUUACAGCUUUUUAAAUGCUCUUUUCCUAUAUGCUCAAUCAUUUCAACAUGUCACUCUAAGGUCCCCGGGGACUAUUAGUGCAAAUGAUGUGCUAAGAACCUCGUUGAAUUCAAAGCAUCGUAUUAAUGAUUCAAUUUCUUUGCCAGCGAUUUCUGCAUUUUCAAAAUCAUCAACCAGAACCUCAAAAAGAGCAUCUGAAACCUCACUAUCUUUAAUAGCGGAAAUGAAUAAAAUAUCUCUAAAAACCUCUUCUGAAAAGAAAGAAUUGAAACAAAAGGGCAGACAGUUGAAAAUAUUAGGUAAUUUCUAUUUAUUAGCUGGUAAAAUCACUGAUGCUUUGAAAACUUUCUCUGACUCUGCUAAUCUAUUGAAAUCAGGUAACGAUUUUCUCUGGCUAGGUUCUGCUUUAGAAGGAAUUGGAAUUUGCUUAGUUUUAAUAUCCUUUUUAGCUGUACCUUACCAAAUACCUGCAACGCUAAAUUCCAUUGGGAAAAGAGAUUCAAAUCCUUCAGUCAAUUACGUUUCUCCUAUAUCUUCACCAAGAAACUCUAUUACAUUGAAACGUUCAAAUACCAUUGGCUCAAUUGCAAAUCACAACCAAAGUUCUUACACCAAUAGCAACACAAAUGACAUGAACAACAUUAAUGAAAAGAGUACUAAAAAUACUACACUUGAUAUAGCUAACCUACCUGUGCCAGAAAUAGUUUACAAGUUAACAAAAAGAGCACUAUGGUAUUACUCUCUCACCCUUGAUGAUCAUGAGGAUUAUGUACCUCAGUUGGUUUAUUGCGAAACGAUUUUGAGAUUUAUGAAAUUUAUGUCAAUAAUCCAUAUUGGAGGUGGUUUUAAUUUUAGGGCUCUUGAUCAUAUAGUUCGUGGAAAAAGAAUCCCAAGCAAAAAGAUCGACUCAACUUAUUUCAACAAGUAUGAUAUCAUUAAAUUUUCAAAUAAAAUAUUUACAGUGCAAUUGAAAAAUAUGGAUUUAUUAUCACAAUGCCGAGUCUAUUGUGCAUUGUCGUCAAUUUAUGGAGAUUUGGAAUUAUUUAGAAAAAGAUCUUUCAUUUUAAAAUCAUUAUUAGAUACUUUAAUUCCAGAAUUAAUUAAAAAUAAUACAACUCUCUUAACAAUAAUCUUAACAGAAAUCAAUUGUUUAUUAGAUUCUUUGUUGUUGGUCUAUGGAAUUGGUUGUUCACCAGAAUCUUCAAUAAUUGAAUCAAAAAAAAGCAAUUGGUCUCAACUUCACAAAAUGAUUUUAAAUUUAUGUAUGAAAUUUUGCAUGUCUCUUAAUGAUAUAGGUGGUGUAUUAAAUUUUAGUUCUAUUUUAUUAACAAGAUAUUUGCAUUGUCUUUCUCUUGAAGAGCAAACUUUUUUAUUUAAUUCAUUUAAAGAGUAUAUGGAAAUUUCAAGAAGCUUGAAUUUAUUUUUGAAAAUUUAUUAUUGGGACCCUUUUAUUGUUAGAGAUAUUAUUCUUAUUAAUAAUUUUGAUGAAUCUUUAAGGCCAAUGAAAUUGGAUAAUACAGAUAGUAAAAAUAUCAACCGAUUUUCAAAAAGUAGAUACUCUUUGAAUAAUAAAAUGGAAGAUGUUGUAUCCGAAGAAUUUUUUGAUCAAUCUGUUGAAUUAAUUCAGGAUGAAGCAGUUAAUAUAUUGGUUACGAUUCAAAAUCCUUUUUUGUUCGAUAUAGAAAUCAAUGAAAUAAAAAUUGAAACUGAUGGAAAAGUUGAACUUGAAACGUUGGUGAAUAAUAAUCACAAUCAUUUUAUCAUUUCAGCCAAUACACUUCAAAAUAUUCAAGUUGGAAUUAAACCAUUAUCUUCUGGGAUUUUAAAUAUAAUAGGUUGUACGAUGAAAGUUUGUAAUUGUGAAUCUCAAUUUUAUAAAAUUUCAUUGAGAGAAAAGAAUAGGAAGAUUGAGAAAACAAAAGUGAUUGGAUUUUUAAAUAACUUGCCCGAUUUUAAAGCCGAAAAUAACAAACUAAUUGAAACUAUCCAGGAAGAAACAGAUAGUAAAACAAUAAAUCAAAAGAAAGAUAGUCAGUCGUUAUUAGUCCAAUCUUCAAAAAAUACAUUGAAGAUUAAUAAUACUAAAGAUAGAGUUGAUGUUAAGAACUUGAAAUAUAAAGUGAUUUUGCCUCAACCAAUUUUGGCAUUGAUAGAUUUAUCUCUCAAUAAUUCGUGGAUGAUGUUACUUGAAGGAGAAAAAAACUUAUUCACAAUUUGUUUAAGAAAUUUGUCAAAUUUGACGAUCAAUUAUCUUGCAUUUAGCUUUAUUGAUUCAACAAUUGAGCCAUUAAGAGCAUCAUUAGAUUCUAAAGAAACCCCUGCCAGUGAAAUAUAUGAAAUUGAGUAUUACCUAUUGAAGAGAAAACCAUUAAAAGUGAGAAAGAACAAUAAACUAAAUUCUAUAAAACCAUUCGAUUCGUUACCUCUAGAUAUCGAUAUCAAAGGAAAAAGAGGAAUGAGAAAUGCUAGUAUAAUUCUAGAUUAUGGUAAUCAAACACUUGAUUCAGAAAAGUAUUUCAGGAGACUUACCAUCCCAUUGUUUGUAACUGUUCAACCAAGUAUUGAGCUUGCAGGUUGCGAUUUGAUACCAUUAUUUUACAAUGUGGAAAAUUCCAAGAAUAAUCUUACUACAUUGAGCAAUCUAAAUGAUGAUAUUCGAAAUCAAGAAAAUAUUUGGUCAUAUCUUAAAAAUAAAACUGAAAAUAUUUCAGAUUAUUGUUUAUUAGUACUUGAUUUAAAAAAUUCAUGGACACAAAAAUUUAAAAUUGAAUUAAAAAGUAAUGAAAAAAGUACAUAUAUUAUCAAAGAUUCAAUAGGACCCGGACACACUCAGAGGUAUUUAUUACCAAUAAGGCGGUUUGGAUUUCCUGAUGAAUAUCUUGAAAGAGAAAUUCCAAGUUUAAGAAAUAAACAAUUUAUUAAAAAGGAUACAAGGUUCGCGAAGGAAGAAAUGAAAUUCAUCAAAGAUUCAUUUUGGUAUCGAAAAGAAAUUCUUCGUCAUAUCAAGGGUUUAUGGGCUGAAGACAAAACAAAUAGAAAGGGGUUUAUAGAGUUGAGAGGAAUUAGGUUAUCUCCUAAAAUGGUAAGUGUGCUCAAACUGCAAGAAUUGGAAAUCAAUAAUCUAAAGAGUGAUAAAUACCAAUCUUCAAUAACUCACAAUGGCUUUUAUUGGGAAAUUAAAGCAGAGGAAUUUUUCACGAUAAAAACUAAGAUUACAAAUAAUUCAAGUGAGAAAUUAAGAGGGAUGUUGCGUCAUGUCCCAAUUGUAUCUGGAGGAUCAAUUGAGAGAAAAAUAUUAUACAAUGGAUGCUUACAAUUUAAUAUCGAGCCUGCAAUAAACCCGGGUGAAUCAGCCGAGUUUGAUUUAGGUGUGAUUUUGCUAGUGAAGGGAGAGUAUGAAUGGGGAGCCAUAUUAGAU